UCCUGUUUAUUUGUGUCACUUAAGCAAUUGACGCAAUCUGCAUCAUUGUUUCAGGAUGCUAUUUGGCGCUCUGGGUUAUUCUGUGAGCACUAUGCGCCCAUGUUAGUUGUACCCAGGGGCCGUACGCGGCGCCUCUGCGUUAGUGUAAUCAGGGGCGCCCGAGAGCGCCGGUCUACGUCCCUGACAUCAUGGGGGUCACCGAAGUGUGUUCUACUUCAUUAUUUUGGUCAAAGGUGAAUACAACUUGGUUCAGUAGUCCAACCGAUUGUGUAAGAAGACUAAGUGAGUCUGUACUGGGUUCAACAUCUAAAAUCAGCAUGCCUCCAAAAAAAAUUUGUGUCGUUGGUUCUGGUAACUGGGGUUCUGCUAUUGCUAAAAUUGUAGGAAAUAAUGCAGUGGAAAAACCAACAGAAUUUGAUCCAGUGGUGAAGAUGUGGGUGUUUGAAGAGCAGAUUAAUGGUGAGAAAUUGACACACAUCAUCAACACACAGCACGAGAAUGUGAAGUAUUUAAAAGGUAUCAAGCUGCCAGAGAAAGUGAUGGCAAUCCCUGAUGUAGUUGAAGCAAGUUCAGAUGCUGAUGUUUUGAUAUUUGUGCUACCACACCAGUUUGUGAGAGGUGUAUGUGACAAGUUGAAAGGUAGAAUCAAACCAAAUGCUGUGGCUGUUACUCUUAUCAAGGGCUUUGAGGUAGCAGAAGGGGGUGGUAUCCACUUGAUUUCUAAUGUCAUCAGAGAGUCACUACACAUUCCUUGCGCUGUUCUAAUGGGAGCUAACAUCGCUAAUGAAGUGGCCUUAGAGAACUACUGUGAAGCAACUAUAGGUUGUCGAGACUUGACGCUAGGGCAGAAUCUCAAAUCUGUCUUUCAGACGAACUAUUUCCGUAUUGUGGUUGUUGAUGAUGAAACAACAGUGGAAGUAUGUGGUGCCCUCAAGAAUAUUGUCGCCACUGCAGCAGGGUUUACUGAUGGCCUCGGCUUUAAAGACAACACCAAAGCUGCAGUUAUCCGCCUUGGUUUGAUGGAGAUGAUUAAGUUUUGUGAAGUUUUUUAUCCAGGAUCUAAGCUUGAAACAUUUUUUGAGAGUUGUGGCAUUGCUGAUCUUAUCACAACAUGUUAUGGUGGAAGAAAUAGAAGAGUGGCUGAGGCUUUUGCCAAGACAGGGAAGUCUAUAGAACAGUUGGAACAGGAGAUGUUGGAUGGGCAGAAGCUACAAGGCCCCCCAACAGCCUUUGAGGUCAACUAUAUGCUCAAAUCAAAGAAUAUGGAAGACAGGUUCCCACUAUUUACUGUUGUGCAUAAAAUUUGCAUUGGGGAAUUCCCAGUAAAGAACAUGAUGGACUGCUUAGUAAAUCAUCCAGAACACAUGUAACUAGCCGAUCAUUUUAGAAAUCUCCUCAUUUUGAUAGUUAAAGGAAAAUUCCACUGGGAUGCUGAAUGCUUUAUGGAAACUAAUUGCUUGUGUAUCUUUUUUAUCCUGCCCUAAAUAAUAUUUAUUAACAUUGUUUUUAAAAAUUUAAAUAUGCAAGAGUCUAUCCUCAGGGUUGAAUAGGCUGACUGUUAAUUGAGGUUUUGUGAAUAUUUAGUUACUGGCUUAUUAUGUAGAUUGAAAGUAAUAUUGAAUUCAAAUGAAUUCAUAAUAUUAUCUUAGUUGUGAAGUAGUAUCUUUUGGUUGUUGUAUAAACUUUUUUGUGCUAGAUGUAUUUCACUUAUAGUUUAAUUUUAUUACUGAAUACUUAAACAAUGGGUUGAUUAUGAUAUUUAAUUUUAGCUUAAUAAGACAAUAGUUUUCAUUCAAGUGGUCAAUGGUUAAGCAUAUCCUAUUAAAGGCAUCAGAAAUUGGGCCAUUAGGUACAUUAAAUUCAACAUGUGGAACAGUGAAAAACAUCAUAAAUUGUGAGACAUCAUUAUUGGACCUGCAAUUUAUUUUAAUAUCAAUUAAUUUUGAAAUGUAUUUUACAUCAUAUUUUAAAACUAAGGUUUUACAAAUGCAUUUUAUUCAUGAAUACUUUUUGAAAUGAUAUCAUCAAUAAUAAUAAAGAUGUGAACUUAUAAAUUGUCUGUUUAUUUGCAGAAGUUUUUUGUUAGUUAAAAUUUACUGGAAAAAUUAACUAUUAUUUUUGUUGAAUGUCAAAAUGUUGUAUUUUAAACAUUUAUUUGACAAUGAAUAAUAUUUUUUAAACUGUUGAAACGGUUGCUCUCAAUGAGAUGCAGCUUUCAUUGACUUCAAUUCUACUUUGUUUCAGUCAUAAAGUCAUUCUUUUUUUUCCUUUUUACUCCUGGUGUUUUAUUUUUAACCUUGUUUUUUUUUUUACUGCACCUAUAUUUAAUAUAACUUUUUUUUUACCUUUUUAAAGGUUUUCAAACAAGUCAUGUAUUUUAUUAAAUGUUAAGAGUUAAUGCUAUUUUGGGAUAUGUCAAAGAUUUAUAAGAAUUUGUAAAAUAUUUAAUUUCUGUUUCGCUAAAUUUUGCAUUUGUUGUUUGGCUUGCUUUGUUAUUGUUAAAACAUUUUAAAAUGGAAAAAUAGACUAAACUUGCAUAUGGAAGUGUUAGUAAAUGCCUGAAAACUAUGUAGCUGUUUAAGAUAAUAAUAAACUCCAUGAGGAUUUAACUAAAGGGACACCACUCUAUAACCUACCCGUUUUCACCUUGUACAAAUUUAGAAAGCCAGAGGUAUUACUGACAGUAUUAUAGUGUUUGCACAAAAUAUUACUUUUUAUACCAUUAUAUUAGGAGACUGAUAAUUUAGUUGUUGUUUUAUCAAAUAUGUUUUACUUGUUAUUUGAAAUGAAUUUUUAUAAAUAUGUAAAACCUUUAAAAAAAAACUUAAACCUGCUACAAUAUCACAUUGACAUGAUAAUCUAGUAGUGGUGGUAGGUUGUAAUAGAGUAUUUUGUUGACUGUGUAAUCUAUUGCAUAUUGCAUGAGUUUUUUUUUAGACCCAAUAACUAAUAAAGAAGAACUAAGCUAAAAGCUAUCAGAUGGAGACUCCAUACUCCACUCAAAUAACAGAUGUUUCAAUUUCACCUUUGUUCUAUGAUCCAAUUGUCCUAAAAUUCACAAAUGUUAUGAUGAAAGGAAGAAAUAAGGAAAGAGUCAGGGAAGUGAUGCGCCAAAUUCACAAAUGUUAUGAUGAAAGGAGGAAAUAAGGAAAGAGUCAGGGAAGUGAUGCGCCAAAUUCACAAAUGUUAUGAUGAAAGGAGGAAAUAAGGAAAGAGUCAGGGAAGUGAUGCGCCAAAUUCACAAAUGUUAUGAUGAAAGGAGGAAAUAAGGAAAGAGUCAGGGAAGUGAUGCGCCAAAUUCACAAAUGUUAUGAUGAAAGGAGGAAAUAAGGAAAGAGUCAGGGAAGUGAUGCGCCAAAU